AGUAUCUUACAAGACGUGUGAAUAUACAAGAGAUGCUGAAUUUCAGUAAUUGUCUUCUCUAAAAUUACGCUUACGAGCAAUUAAUCGCCAAUCGCAGAAACCUCACCGGAAUAAGGUUAAUUGCAGGCCGGAAUUUGGAUCAAUGGCAGCGACGAUGAGUAUGAGGAAGAUGCUGACGGUAUCAGCAGCUAUGGUCUGCGCCGUAGCCGUAGCGUCUUUAUACGGGGCCUCAGCUUCCACGGAAACACGCUUCAUCAAGAACACCAUCGCCUCGCAUCAGAUCGUCAUCUUCUCCAAGUCCUAUUGCCCGUACUGUAGAAGGGCAAAAGCUGUUUUCAAGGAAUUGAACAAAGUUCCUUAUGUUGUUGAGCUGGAUCAAAGAGAGGAUGGCAGUGAGAUUCAAGAUGCUUUUAUGGCACUCAUCGGAAGGCGCACUGUACCUCAAGUGUUCGUAAAUGGAAAACACAUAGGUGGAUCAGAUGAUACCAUUGAAGCAUAUGAGAGUGGGAAGUUGAGUAAGCUCCUGGGCAUUAAUGAAGAGCAUAAAGCGGAUCUUUGAAUCAAACCCUUCUACUGUAAGCAGAGAUAUUUGCACCAACAGAGUAUAUUUUGCUUGGAUCAGUUGUUCAAUUGUAACUCUUAAUGGUGGAGGAUAAGUUUUCUCUGUAACUCUCUCUCCGUCUCACACCAGUGAUAACAAUGCUUUUCUUGCAAGGAGAUUUUCGAACUUCAAUAGAUCGAACAAUUUUUGCGCGUCUAGUUACGCUUGUUUAA